AUGAGACAAUAUAAACAAGGAGUUACGGACGUCUGGGCUGCGGGGGCAGAGCAGCGCCCUGGGCAGCUGCAGGCGGGACCGGUCCGCACACGCUCGGCCGGGCAGGGCUGCAGCCCGUCGGAUGUGACUCAUCCCGGAGGCUCAUCCCGCUCCUCCCCUGCUCCGCCGCUGCCUCUCCCGCGUCCCCGCCGCCUGCGGGACCCUCGCUGCCAUCGACCGGCACCACCGAGGCUGAAGCCGCUCCGCUCCUGCGCCGCUCCCGGUCCGGAUGGAGCCCACUCGAGCCCCGCCCGGCCCCGUGCCUCGGCUCGGCAUGCCCAGGGGUCCCUUGUGCCCGGCGGGGCCGUUUGUGGGGCAGCGCGGGGCACGCCCGGGGCUGUGCCCGUGGAGGCAGCGCCCGGGCAAAGGUUCAUUGGGCUCUCGUGGUGUUGGGCACGGAGCCGGAGCGAGGGUGGAGGGCUGGGGGUUGUGGGGCCGGCAGGAUCCAGGGCCGCCCCCGCUGACGGAGCCCCGUUUGCAGGGAGCCAGAACUGCCCCCGGCCCCACAUGGAGCUCCCGGCGGAGGAUGGGGCUGAGGCACCGCAGGAGGGGAGCCCCGAGGCUGAGGUGCCCGAGGGGCCGCAGCGCCCGGCGGGGCAGUGGUCGGGGGCCGAGGCGGGCUCGUGGCUGGCGGCGCACGGCGGGGCGGCGGAGCUGGCCCGGGAGCACGCCCUGACGGGCCGGGCGCUGCUGCGCCUGAGCGAGGGCUCCCUGCGGCGCAUGGGGGUCGCCCCGCGGGGCCGGCGCCGGGAGCUGCUGCGGGAGCUGCUGCGGCUGCGGCUGCGGCACGAGGUGCGGGAGCUGCGGAGCAUCGCUGCCGGUGAGCAUCGCCCGUGCCGCGCCAGGGGCUGCGCUGCCCGGGGGAUGGAUGGUGCUGCGAGAAACGAGGCUCGCUCUUUGGCACAGACGCGUUUUAUAAAAAAAUUCUUUCCUUAG